AUGGACCAAGCAGGUCCAUCGUCGUCUAACCAAGACCCACGGUUCGAAUUCAUAGGGUCAUACGCCGUCAAAUCCUUAAAACUCAAGCCAGAGAAAUGGAUGCGAGUACUAGGUACAGAAGAACACAGAACGACCUUGAGGGACUUCGUCGACAAACCACUGCCUUUGCUCUUGGUGGUGGUGCUGACUCAUACCAACCAGCUGGUUCCAGUUAUAUCAUUCCCGUGCUAUUUGAAGAACAAGUCCGUAUACUUCGUGAAAAAGAAGCCAGAUGUCGUGCCGAGGGAGAAUUGCACUGAAAUGCUCAUUUAUGUUCUUGUAGGUGAUCUUGCACCCAGAUUAAUAGAUGAAUUGGCAUCUCUAGUAGAUGAGGUUUUUGUUCCUCUCCUGUCAAAUCCACUCAAUCAUGAAGGUUGGCCGUUGGUUGUCUCACAGGACAUCCUCAAGCAAAUCCACAAUCUGAAGAGCACAGUUUAUGAGGUCAAAGGCAAAGUAAACGGCCAGACAGUUCUUCCACUACCAGUUGGAGUAGAGCUAGUUCACGAUGCAGAAAAGCAAGUUCUUAGGGGCGAAGAGGUGGAUUUGUACCUUAAAAGUGCCAUCGAGGGUGUCGUCAUCAAAUGGGCUCAGCAGAUCAAUGACGUCAUGAUGGAGGAUUCUUCGCAGGCAUUCGAUAAUGGACAGAAUCCAUUACCUAAUGCUGAAAUUUUGUUCUGGAGGUCAAGGCUGAGCAAUUUGAACUACAUCUAUGAUCAACUGCGCAGCGAGAGAGUCCGCUGCAUGGCCGUCAUUCUCGAAAAAACCACGUCAGCUUACUAUCCCUGCUUCAGCAGACUUUUCAAAAAUAUUGUAUCUGCUUUGGCUGAAGCAAAAGAAAUAGAUUUGUAUCUUCACACAUUAGAAAAACAUUUUCAAGCCUUGGAAGAAACUGACUUUACAGAGUGUCAGACAUUAUUUCGGCCUUUGUUUCAUGUAAUUUGUAUGAUCUGGAGAGACUCUAAAUAUUACUGUAGCUCUUCUAAACUGAUGGUUUUGCUGAAACAAAUUAGCAAUUUGCUUAUUUAUACGGCUAAGAAAUGUUUAGACCCAAGCACGCUAUUCCAUAGCGAUAUCGAUGAAGCAACACAAAGAAUUCAACUAACCAUGAACAUACUGAAGAAAUUCAGAAACACAUUCGAAUAUUUUAAGGACAACUUGCAAAAAUACUUCUUAGACAGAAGGGUCAUACCGUGGACCUUCCAUCCAAACGCUGUAUUUGAAAGAAUGAACAGGUUUACAGAUCGAUUGACUACAAUCCAAUGGUUUUUCAAAACUGUCUUGGAAUUCCAAAAAUUAGAAAAGAUAGAGAUAGGUGGUAUGAAAGGCAGAGUACUCAGCGGGCAAAUUAGAGAGAUUUCAGCGGAAUUUGAAUCUUACUUUCAUAGUUUUGCAUCAAAAUCGUACGAUGUCCUGGACCCUGAUGAUGAAACAUUUAACGAAGACUUCAAGGAAUUUCAAGAAAACAUUAUAGACUUAGAUUUGAAACUGUCAACUGUACUAGUCGAGUCUUUUGACAACUGUUCUACUUUGGAGGCAAUUUUUAAGUUGAUCGACAUUGUUGGAUCAGUGUUGGAUCGGCCUCUGAUAAAAAACGAAUUUACCGCAAAAUUCGUCGAAAUCAUAGUAAUGCUCGAGAAAGAAAUCGUCACUUGCGAAGAACUUUUCACUGAACAAACUCAACGGCUUGAAAGAUACGGAGUUAUGGAAAUUGACGCCUUCAUGCCCCCAGUCGCUGGAGGACUCCUCUUCAUGUCAACGCUGGCCGCCAGGAUAACCAAGCCUGUAGUCAGCUUUCGCAAUUUACCGCACCCGAUAAAGGGUUCGGAAGAAGCGAUCAAAAUUUUCGAAAGAUACGACCAACUCAUUGAAAAAAUCGAAGCAUUCAAAAAGAAGUAUUUCGGAGACUGGGCAGUCACUAUUCCUAAGAUCAUUGAAGAUAAAACAAACAACACCAUUAUAGCUCGCCAGGCAUCUGAUUUAAUAAUGAACUUUAGCCCAAUGGUUAUAGACAUCCUGAGAGAAGUUCAUCAUUUGCGGAAUAAUCCAGACUUUGAAAACGACAUACCAGAAGAUGGUUUAACCUUGUUUCAAAAACAAGAAACGUAUCGACAGUACAGAAUUAACUUGGGAAUCACUAUCGAUUGGUAUAAUCAAAUUCGAAAGAACAGUCAGAAAGUAGAGUUUGAUUUAGUGGAAGAAGAAAUAAAGAAUAUCGACAAUAGAAUUGAAAUAGCGCAACAUGAGCUGAAUUGGAACUCUCAAGAUCUAUGGACUCAACUACAAGAACUACACACCUUAGUUGGGAGCUUAUACGAAAGAAUGUCUAAAAUACAAGAAAAUCUAAAAGAAAUAAAGGCUGUAAUGAGGGAGUGGGCUACUAAGCCUCUAUUUGAAAGAAAAGAAGGGAAAAAGGAUACACUCCUCAACCUUGAAGAUAGACAAGAAAGAAAAGAACAACGAUAUUCAGAUAUAAACAACACGGCUGAUCGUAUACGAGAGUUGUUACAAGAAAAUAUGGAGCUAUUCAAUAUGCAAAACAAUCAGGAGUGUGAAGCUUGGAAGAAUUAUGUUACUUUCAUUGAUAACUUGAUAGAAGAGUCUUUAUUCAAAAGUAUUGCAUGCAGUUCGGCGUAUAUUACAGAACACAUGGAUCCUAAGAACAAACUAGCUCCAUUAUUUGAGGCUCAGUUGGAACUUUUGGAGCCCGAUAUGGUAUUUGCUCCAACCUUGGACCCUAACGAUGAAAAAGGGUUCACGGCUAUGGUGAAAGGAAUUAUUGAUGACAUACUAAAAAUGUCUACUUUGAUAAAAAGAAUAGAUACUAAUAAAGAACAGUCUUACGAAGAUGUUAUUGUAAACAAUGAAAUUAUUAUUGAAAUGAAAGAGGAAAUAUUGGGUGCAAUAGAAAAGGUCAUUGAAGAUGCAAAUGAAUUCUGUAAAACCUUUGAAAACUACAGUUACUUGUGGCUUGAGGAAAGAGAUGCUAUUAUGGAAAUAUUUUUGACUUAUGGAAGGAUUUUGCAACCUGAAGAAAUAGAUAGAAUCGGAUCGGAAGAUAAGGAUAAUCCACCACCGACACCUUGCCCUCCAAAGAUGGAAGCGUUUAGAGAACAAAUCGAUCAGUACGAAAAUCUGUUUAUGGAUAUUGAAGAAAUGGAUUCGUACAAAGUUUUUAAUUGCUGGUUUCAGGUGGAUAUCAGACCAUUUCGUCAAGCUCUAUUAAACCUUGUUAGGAAAUGGGGAAACAUGUACAAAGAACACUUGGUUGAAAAUGUAACGUCUAGUUUGACUGAUUUAGCUAAUUUCAUCCGUAAAGCUGAUGAAGGGCUCUUACAACCUGUACCAGAAGGCGAUUACGAUGCCUUAAUUAACGUAAUGGGUUAUUUAAUGCACGUGAAAGAUCGUACCGCUGUUACUGAUGAAAUGUUCCAGCCCCUCACUGAAACCAUUGAACUUCUAAAGUUCUACGACAUGGAUAUUCCUGAAGAAGUCAAUGUAUUACUGCAGGAAUUACCAGAACAAUGGGCAGGAACUAAGAAAUUGGCCCUUACAGUGAAACAGCAAGUAGCACCCCUUCAAGCAGCUGAAGUUAGUGGAAUACGAAAGAAGAUUGCUGCCUUCGACGCGCAUGUAACCUACUACCGAGAAGUUUUUAAAAGAUAUGAGUUCUUCAAGUACGAAUGUGGAGAUCCAUACGAGGUUAUGUCAAGAGUUGACUACGAAAUGUUACAUCUGGAGGAGGAAAUGAAGGGUAUCCAAGGAUCAGGAUCGUUAUUUGAAGUUAACGUACCUGAGUUCAAAUUGUUAAAGCAGUGCAGAAAGGAGCUGAGGAUGCUCAAGCAACUAUGGGAUUACGUGUACAUAGUGCGGACGAGCAUUGAAGAUUGGAAGACCACACCAUGGCGUAAAAUUGACGUGGAGAACAUGGAUAUAGAAUGCAAGAAAUUCGCUAAAGAAAUCAGACUUCUGGAUAAGGAAAUGAGAAGUUGGGACACUUACAUAAACUUGGAGGCAACAGUGAAAAACAUGCUAACUUCCCUACGAGCUGUAGGUGAACUACAGAACCCAGCAAUCAGAGAACGGCAUUGGGAUCAACUUAUGAGGACCACAAAGAGUUUAGCUGCAUUGCCACCUGAGCUCACUGUUAGGAUCGUCAUGGAUGCAAAUACUACCUUGGCAGAUUUGUUAGCAUUGAAUUUGCAUGAAUGCGAAGAAGAAGUCAAAAAUAUAGUGGACAAAGCAGUCAAAGAGAUGUCAAUGGAAAAAAUCCUCAAAGACUUGCACAACACUUGGAGUGGAAUGGAGUUCGAGCAAGAAGAACAUACCCGUACUGGGUGUACUUUGUUGAGAGCCAGUGAAGAAUUGAUAGAAACGCUAGAAGAAAACCAGGUGCAACUUCAAAAUUUAAUCACAUCCAAGUUUAUCGCGCACUUUCUCGAAGAAGUAUCGAGUUGGCAGCAGAAGUUAUCAACAGCAGAUCAAGUAAUCACUGUAUGGUUCGAGGUGCAAAGGACCUGGACACACUUGGAGAGUAUAUUUAUGAGUUCUGAGGACAUCAGAAAGCAACUACCUGAAGAUUCUGCCCGAUUUGAUAGAAUUGAUUCCGCGUUCAAAAUCUUAUCUACAGAAAUGUCUAAAACUCCAAACGUUGUAAAAGGGACAAAUAGAGAUGGUCUAGUAGAAAAGCUUGAUGUUCUUCAAAAGGAUUUAGUAAUUUGCGAAAAAGCUUUGGCGGAAUAUUUGGAAACGAAGAGAUUGGCAUUUCCUAGAUUCUAUUUCGUAUCAUCGGCAGAUUUGUUAGAUAUUCUGUCUAACGGGAAUCAGGCUGAGCUUGUGAUAAGGCACCUUACGAAACUCUUUGACUCUAUAGCGAAAUUAAAGUUUGCUGAAAGUGAGAAACCUGAUGAAAAAGUGGCUCUGGGUAUGAUAGCAAAGGAUGGUGAAUAUGUGCCAUUCCACGGGACUUGUGAUUGCACUGGACCGGUUGAAAUAUGGCUGAACAGACUUCAAGAUAUCAUGAGGUCCACCAUCAGACAGUACUUUGGGGAGGCCAUUGUUUCGUAUGAAGAGAAACCACGGGAACAAUGGUUGUUUGAUUUUAUGGCGCAAGUAUCUUUAUGUGGUUCACAAAUUUGGUGGACCACAGAAGUAAACAUGGCCUUUUCAAGAUUAGAAGAAGGAUACGAUAAUGCAUUAAAGGAUUACUAUAAGAAACAGCUGUCUCAACUUAGCACCUUGAUCACAUUAUUGAUAGGAGAGCUCAGUAAGCAAGAUCGACAGAAAAUUAUGACAAUCUGUACUAUUGAUGUACAUUCAAGAGAUGUCGUGAGCAAACUGAUUCAAGGCAAAGUGGAAGCAGGAUCAGCUUUCCAGUGGCAGUCACAACUCAGACACAGAUGGGGCGAUGCUGAAAUGCAUUGCUUUGCAAAUAUCUGUGACGCACAGUUUCUAUACAGCUACGAGUACUUGGGAAACACACCCAGAUUGGUGAUCACACCUUUGACUGACAGGUGUUACAUUACUUUGACACAGUCUUUACAUCUGAUCAUGGGUGGAGGGCCUGCUGGACCAGCUGGUACGGGAAAGACAGAAACCACCAAAGAUUUAGGAAGAGCCUUGGGCAUCAUGGUGUAUGUAUUCAACUGCUCUGAACAAAUGGAUUAUCAGUCUUGUGGAAAUAUUUACAAAGGACUAGCCCAAACAGGAGCUUGGGGAUGCUUUGACGAGUUCAACAGAAUUUCAGUUGAAGUGUUGUCUGUCGUAGCGGUUCAAGUUAAAUCAGUACAAGAUGCUAUAAGGGACAAGAAAGAAAAAUUCAAUUUCAUGGGUGAAAUCAUCGUGCUAGUGCCCAGUGUUGGCAUAUUCAUAACAAUGAAUCCAGGCUAUGCUGGCAGAACAGAGCUACCAGAAAAUCUAAAGGCUCUAUUCCGACCUUGCGCCAUGGUUGUUCCGGACUUUGAACUGAUUUGUGAAAUUAUGUUGGUCGCUGAGGGAUUCCAAGAAGCGAAAAUCCUAGCUAGAAAGUUUAUCACUUUGUAUACUUUGUGCAAAGAGUUGUUGUCAAAGCAAGAUCAUUAUGACUGGGGUCUAAGAGCUAUCAAGUCUGUGCUUGUGGUGGCUGGUUCCUUGAAAAGAGGUGACCCUGGUCGACCUGAAGAGGAAGUGUUGAUGAGGACUCUUCGUGACUUCAAUAUUCCCAAAAUAGUUACUGAUGAUAUGCCAGUGUUCAUGGGUUUGAUUGGGGAUUUGUUCCCAGCCUUAGAAGUACCACGCAAACGAGACUUAGAUUUCGAAAGAACAGUAAAACAAGCAGCAAUGGAUCUUCUACUACAACCUGAGGAUAACUUCAUUUUGAAAGUUGUCCAACUUGAAGAAUUACUUGAAGUUCGACAUUCAGUAUUCAUUGUAGGUAAUGCAGGUACAGGCAAAACUCAAGUAUGGAAGACACUAUUUAAAACAUACCAGAAUUUAAGAAAGAAACCACUAUUUAACGACUUAAAUCCAAAAGCAGUUACCAAUGAUGAGCUAUUUGGUAUUAUUAAUCCUGCAACUAGAGAAUGGAAGGAUGGUUUAUUUUCGGUCAUAAUGAGAGAUCAAGCGAAUAUCGUUGGUGAGAAUCCAAAAUGGAUAGUUUUGGAUGGAGAUAUAGAUCCGAUGUGGAUUGAAUCUCUGAACACAGUGAUGGAUGACAAUAAAAUUCUGACGUUAGCCAGCAAUGAACGGAUUGCUUUGACCCCAACAAUGAGGUUGAUGUUUGAAAUAUCAAACUUAAGGACAGCUACUCCAGCUACUGUAUCUCGAGCUGGUAUUUUAUACAUCAAUGCUCAAGAUUUAGGAUGGAAUCCUUAUGUUACAAGUUGGAUUGAGACAAGAAAAGUGCCAGCUGAGAAGUCAAACCUGGUGAACCUCUUCGACAAAUACAUCCCUCCUUGCCUGGAGACUGUGAGGAACAGAUUCAAGAAGAUCACUCCCAUAGCUGAGAUGGCUCACAUACAGAUGUUGUGCCAUCUUCUGGAUUGCUUGCUUGUACCUGAGAACACACCAGCUGACUGCCCGAAGGAAUGGCACGACAUAUUCUUUGUCUUUGCUUGUGUUUGGGCCUUUGGGUCUGCUAUGUUCCAAGACACGGGCAUCGACUAUCGUGUUGAAUUCACAAAAUGGUGGGUAAAUGAAUUCAAAACAGUUAAAUUCCCCGCUGGUGGUACGGUCUUCGAUUAUUAUAUUGAUCCUGAGAGUAAACAGUUUACGCCGUGGACAGAGAAAAUACCUAAAUUUGAAUUGGACUCCGAUAUACCCUUACAGGCGGUCUUAGUACCUACAGCUGAAACAAUACGGAUUAGAUUCUUUCUGGACUUGCUGAUGAAGAACAAACAUCCAGUCAUGUUGGUGGGAGGAGCUGGCUGUGGUAAAACAGUUUUGGUCAACGAGAAAUUGCAAGGCCUUCCAGAAACUUACGCAAUACAGUCAGUACCAUUUAACUUCUACACAUCAUCUGAGAUGCUGCAGAAAAUAUUAGAGAAGCCAUUGGAAAAGAAAGCUGGUCGAAAUUACGGUCCACCAGGGAACAAGACACUCAUUUACUUCAUUGAUGACAUGAACAUGCCAGAAGUGGACGCAUACGGGACAGUACAGCCACACACAAUAAUAAGACAGCACCUAGACUAUAACCACUGGUACGACCGGACCAAACUUAGCCUGAAAGACAUCCAUAACACGCAGUACGUCUCAUGUAUGAAUCCGACGUCUGGCAGCUUCACAAUCAAUCCUAGACUGCAAAGGCAUUUCUGUGUUUUUGCAAUCAGUUUUCCCAAUAAUGAGGCUUUAAACAACAUUUAUCACUCGAUUCUGAGCCAACACCUAACAAACCCGGAGCUGCGGAUCAGUCCACAAAUAUCAAAAUUGUCAGCAAGCAUCGUAAGCGCAACUAUGGGAUUACAUAACAAAGCAUCCCAAGUGUUUCUUCCGACUGCGAUCAAAUUCCACUAUAUUUUCAACCUCAGGGAUCUAUCAAAUGUAUUCCAGGGUUUCUUAUUCAGCACCAACGAGUGUCUAGUCAAUCCAUCAGACAUCAUAAGGCUAUGGCUACACGAAACACAUCGGGUGUACGGCGACAAACUAACAGAGGACAAGGACAUUGACGCAUUCCUGAAAAUGCAAGUGGAUAUUUGCAAGAAGAAUUUUGAGGAUAUAGACGAAGGCACAGUAUUCGAGAGGCCGAACAUAUACUGCCACUUCGCCGGCGGCAUCGGCGAGCCCAAGUACAUGCCGAUCGCGUCAUGGGAGCAGCUGAACAAGCUUCUAUUGGAGGCCAUGUCCAGCUACAAUGACCUCAUCGCGGCCAUGAACCUGGUUCUAUUUGAGGACGCUAUGAUGCAUAUUUGUAGAAUCAGUCGAAUUUUGGAAAGUCCUAGAGGCAGUGCGCUUCUAGUGGGAGUGGGUGGAUCUGGAAAACAGUCAUUGUCUCGUCUGGCUGCAUUCAUAUCCAGUUUAGAAGUCUUGCAAAUACAGCUGAAGAAAGGAUAUGGAGUGGCCGACUUAAAGAAUGAGCUGAAUGGACUCUACAUCAAAACUGGUCUAAAGAAUGUCGGGAUAAUGUUCCUGAUGACUGACGCACAAGUGGCAAAUGAACAGUUUUUGGUGCUCAUCAAUGACCUACUUGCGUCUGGUGAAGUAGCCGACUUAUUCCCUGACGAUGAAAUCGAAAACAUACUGGCUGGUGUGAGGAAUGAGGUGAAAGGUGCUGGCCUACCAGAUACAAGGGAAGUGUGUUGGAAGUUCUUCAUAGAUAGAGUUCGCAAGCAGCUGAAAGUAGUUCUGUGCUUCUCUCCCGUUGGUUCUACAUUAAGGGUGCGAUCGAGAAAGUUUCCAGCUCUGAUCAACUGCACCUCUAUCAACUGGUUCCAUGAAUGGCCGCAAGAGGCCCUCGUGUCUGUUGCUAUGAGUUUCUUGGAAAAACUGAAUGGCUUGCCGGUAACAUUAAGAGAUUCAGUAGCGCGAUUCAUGGCCUACGUCCACACUUCAGUGAACACAAUAUCGAAGGCUUAUUUGUCUAAUGAGAGACGAUACAAUUACACAACUCCAAAGAGUUACUUGGAACAGAUAAGCUUGUACGCCAAACUUGUAAACAAUAAAACAAGCGAGUUGCAAGCUAAAAUAACCAGGUUAGAAAACGGUUUAGAGAAACUCCGGUCUACAGCGGAACAAGUAGCUGAACUGAAGAAGAAAUUAGCCGUUCAAGAAAUAGAAUUACAACAGAAAAACGAAAUCGCAGACAAACUUAUUGAGACCGUUGGAAUCGAGACUGCUAAAGUGCAGCAUGAGAAAGCCUUAGCUGACGAAGAGGAAGAAAGAGUAGCAGUUAUAGCUGAAGAGGUGUCAAAGAAGCAAAGGGACUGCGAAGAAGAUUUGAUAAAAGCAGAACCAGCACUCAUAGCAGCUCAAGAGGCUUUGAAUACGUUGAACAAAGCUAACCUCACUGAGCUGAAGUCUUUCGGUUCACCACCGGGAGCUGUGACCAAUGUGACUGCUGCUGUCAUGGUGCUUAUGGCUCCUGGAGGAAAAAUACCUAAAGAUCGGAGCUGGAAAGCAGCAAAGGUGGUAAUGGCGAAAGUGGACAUGUUUUUGGAGUCACUUAUACACUACGACAAAGAAAAUAUUCACCCUGACGUCAUCAAAGCUAUCCAACCUUACCUCAAGGACUCUGAGUUUGAACCUGAAUUCGUAAGAUCAAAAUCAGCUGCAGCGGCAGGACUGUGCGCUUGGGUCAUCAACAUAAUAAAAUUCUUUGAAGUAUUUUGCGAUGUAGAGCCCAAGAGAAAAGCGUUACAAGCUGCCAACGCCGAAUUAGCUGCAGCUCAAGAGAAAUUGAAAAACAUUAAAUCUAAAGUUGCUUCCUUGGAAGAGCUCUUGGCAUCACUCACAGCUGACUUCGAGAAAGCCACUGCAGAGAAAGUGAAGUGUCAAAAAGAGGCAGAUGCUACAAACCAGACCAUUCAGCUCGCUAACAGGCUCGUCAAUGGGCUGGCUAGUGAAAACGUGCGUUGGGCUGAAGCUGUUGCUAAUUUUAUGCAGCAGAGCACGACGUUGCCAGGAGAUGUGUUGCUUGUAUGCGCAUUCAUAUCGUACGUAGGAUGCUUCACCAAGCAAUACAGACUGGAUUUACUUCACAAAAAUUGGCUCACAUUCAUGAAGACAUUGGAGCCUCCAAUACCAAUCACGGAAGGCCUCGAUCCCCUGACAAUGCUGACAGAUGAUACACAGAUCGCAAUGUGGCAAAACGAAGGACUUCCCUCAGAUCGCAUGAGUACUGAGAACGCGACAAUAUUGUCCAAUUCCGACCGAUGGCCACUGAUGAUUGAUCCACAGCUUCAAGGAGUGAAAUGGAUCAAACAAAAAUAUGGCGACAAUUUACAAGUAAUCCGGUUGGGUCAAAAGGGCUACUUAGACACAAUUGAAAAGUCCAUCAUAAAAGGCAAAACCGUUAUAUUUGAAAAUAUUGGGGAAACAGUUGACCCUGUGCUUGAUCCCUUACUGGGGAGAAAUCUAAUUAAAAAGGGAAAGGCAAUAAAGAUUGGAGACAAAGAAGUGGAAUACAGCUCAAGCUUCAGGCUGAUUCUUCACACGAAAUUGGCAAAUCCACAUUACAAACCUGAAAUGCAAGCCCAAACUACUUUGGUGAAUUUCACUGUCACAAGAGACGGCUUAGAAGACCAACUUCUAGCAGAGGUUGUAAAAGCCGAACGGCCGGAUUUAGAAGAUCUGAAAGCAGAGUUGACAAAGCAACAGAAUCAAUUUAAGAUACAGUUGAAAGAACUAGAAGACGAUCUUCUGUCUCGACUGUCGUCAGCAGGAGAGAAUAUACUUGGUGAUACAGCACUAGUAGAAAACUUAGAGACCACUAAGAAGACAGCUGCUGACAUUGAGAAAAAGGUUGCAGAAGCAAAAAUAACAUCACACCAAAUAGACCAAGCACGUGAGUUCUACAGACCAGCCGCUGCCAGGGCUUCCCUUCUUUACUUCAUUCUCAAUGACUUGAAUACUAUCAACCCAAUAUAUCAAUUUUCUCUGAAGGCGUUCAGUGUUGUAUUCCAAAAGGCAAUAUCUCGAGCUGAGCCAGCAGAGACUGUAGCCCAAAGAAUCAAGAACUUGAUCGAUUGCAUUAGCUAUUCCGUUUUUCAAUACACUUCCAGAGGGUUGUUCGAGUGCGACAAACUUAUAUUUGCAUCACAAAUGACGUUUCAGGUGCUACUAAUGAGCGAAGAAAUAUCACCAGCUGACCUGGAUUUCUUCCUCCGAUUUCCUGUCAAACCCCACGUCACCAGUCCUGUGGAUUUUCUCUCAAACCACAGUUGGGGAGGCAUCUGUUCCCUGGCUGGAAAGGAAGAGUUCAGGAACCUUGACAGGGAUAUAGAGACCUCACCCAAGAGAUGGAAAAAGAUUGUCGAGAUGGAGAGUCCAGAAAGAGAAAAAUUUCCUCAAGAAUGGAAAAAUAAAACGGCUCUUCAAAGAUUGUGUAUGUUACGAGCCUUGCGACCAGACAGAAUGACGUAUGCAGUCGCCGCUUACAUAGAAGAGAAAAUGGGCACAAAAUACGUUGAAAACCGAACUCUGGAGUUCAGCAAAUCGUUUGAAGAGACAAGUCCUACAACACCGAUAUUUUUCAUCCUAUCGCCAGGAGUAAACCCUCUGAAGGAUGUAGAAGCAUUGGGAAAAGUUAUGGGAUUUACAUCAGAUAACGGGAACUUCCACAAUGUAUCUCUUGGUCAGGGUCAGGAGAUAGUCGCUGAACAGGCGAUGGAUGAGGCUUUACAGAAAGGACACUGGGUCGUACUCCAGAAUAUCCAUUUAGUGAAAAAAUGGUUACCAAGCCUUGAAAAGAAGAUGGAAAGCUUCGCUAAUGGCUGUCAUAUAGAAUUCAGACUGUUUAUGUCAGCUGAACCUGCAGCCACGCCAGCUGCUCAUAUCAUCCCACAAGGCAUACUAGAAUCGAGUAUUAAAAUCACAAACGAACCGCCUACUGGGAUGCAGGCAAACAUACAUAAAGCAUUGGAUAAUUUCAACCAAGAAACACUAGAAAUGUGCGGAAAGGAAGCAGAGUUCAAAGCAAUUCUUUUUGCUCUGUGUUACUUCCAUGCAGUUGUGGCAGAGAGAAGAAAGUUCGGUCCGCAAGGUUGGAACAAAAUUUACCCGUUCAAUGUCGGGGAUUUAACCAUUAGUGUUUUUGUACUAUACAAUUAUCUGGAAGCCAACUCCAGAGUCCCGUGGGAGGACUUAAGGUACCUCUUCGGUGAGAUCAUGUAUGGCGGACAUAUCACUGACGAUUGGGAUCGCAGACUUUGCAACGCUUAUUUGGAAGAGCUUAUGCAACCUGAUCUUGUUGAUGGCGAAUUGCAACUGGCCCCUGGCUUCCCAGCACCUCCAAACACAGACUAUUGUGGCUACCAUCAGUACAUAGAAGACGCCAUGCCUACUGAAUCUCCCUACCUCUACGGGUUACAUCCCAACGCGGAGAUUGGUUUCCUUACCACCACUUCGGAGAAUCUUUUUAGGACUAUAUUUGAAAUGCAGCCUAGAGAUGCUCAAGCUUCUGGUGCCGCUACUGUUACCAGAGAAGACAAGGUAAAACAGAUGUUAGACGAAAUCAUAGAAAAACUGCCAGAAGAGUUCAACAUGGUAGAAAUAAUGGGAAAGGUGGAAGAAAGGACGCCAUACGUUAUUGUAGCUUUCCAAGAGUGCGAGCGGAUGAACUACCUUACUGGAGAGAUGAAGAGAUCUUUGAGGGAAUUAGAUCUAGGACUGAAGGGCGAGCUGACAAUCACAUCAGACAUGGAAGACUUAGAAAAUGCACUAUUUUUAGAUCAGGUACCAAUGAUAUGGUCGAAAAGAGCAUAUCCUUCUUUGUUGGGGCUUUCGGCUUGGUUUGUGGACUUAACCCUUCGGCUGAGAGAAUUGGAGACUUGGGCUACAGAUUUUGUUUUGCCAGCAUCAGUAUGGUUAGCAGGAUUUUUCAACCCUCAAAGUCUACUAACUGCUAUAAUGCAAAGCACAGCUAGAAGGUAUGAGUUGCCUCUGGACAAGAUGUGUUUACAGUGUGACGUCACCAAAAAAAUGAAAGAAGAAUUCACGUCUGCUCCACGAGAUGGAGCAUUUGUCCAUGGCUUGCUGAUGGAAGGCGCCCGAUGGGAUGUGCAGGCUGGGAUCAUAAUGGAUUCGAGGUUGAAGGAUCUGUUCCCGCCGAUGCCAGUGAUCAACGUCAGGGCGAUCACCCAGGACAAGCAGGACCUGCGCAACAUGUACGAGUGCCCGGUGUACAAGACGCGCACGCGCGGGCCCACCUACGUCUGGACCUUCAACCUCAAGACCAAGGACAAGCCCUCCAAGUGGACCCUCGCCGGGGUCGCCUUGCUGCUGCAGAUUUAAAGAUCUUUUUAGGCUAAAGCGGUAGCAAAACACGCACUAUUUUGUACGGACGACAGCACUUUCGGUUAAACACAGUGACGUCUGUCCUAUCUUGUUGUAAUACAGGUUACGUUGCAAAAAAUAUAUAGUCUGAUUUGCUGUCGACUGUACCAGAAUAAAAGUUCUUUAAAAUUAAAGUAUGAGAGAUGUUAGAUAUUUCAAUUAGGAUGCGUUUCAACUCCAGCGUCCAUAGUAAAUAUUACCUCGUUUGAAAAACUAGACAGCUUUGCGAUCAACCAAAAUUUUUUGGGUUCAUUAUUGUUCUUUAAUUUUACCUGUCUGACAGUAGGUAAGGCUAAUUUAACGAGAUAUGACCGCGGCUUCGCCUGCAUAGUUGGAUAAAUUCUGGCAGUACUAUUUCUGAUGCUAACUUUCUCGUACUUACUCGUAGUUACAAUAAAUUGAUCCGCCCAGUAGUAAGUAGGUAGGUAACUAGGUAUUAAAAAGAUGCCUAGUUUUGUUAAAACAUGUUAU